AUGUCCGCUCAUAUGAAGAUGAUAAGGAAUAAGCAAAUUUUCUUUUCGUUCUUUGUUCUUGGCAUUCUUGUCAUAUUUGUAAAUGGGAACAACAUUGGUGAUAAAGCUUUUAAAACUACCUUAAUAAAGACUAUAUUGGGAGAUGCAAGCCCACAACCGUCUACUAUGGAGUAUGAUAAUCCUCAUCAUGAUGCCAAGCUAAGAGUUGUAAAUGGGAACAACAUUGGUGAUAAAGCUUUUAAAACUACCUUAAUAAAGACUAUAUUGGGAGAUGCAAGCCCACAAUCGUCUACUAUGGAGUAUGAUAAUCCUCAUCAUGAUGCCAAGCUAAGAGGUGUCUGUGUACCACUUCCAUCAUCACAUUUUGUAAAUGGGAACAAGAUUGGUGAUAAAGCUUUUAAAACUACCCUAAUAAAGACUAUAUUGGGAGAUGCAAGCCCACAACCGUCUACUAUGGAGUAUGAUAAUCCUCAUCAUGAUGCCAAGCUAAGAGGUGUCUGUGUACCACUUCCAUCAUCACAUUGUAAAGGAACAGAUGGAGCUUGCUAUUGUUGUAUUGGUCCAAAUAUGAAUAUAUGCAUACGAGGCCUUAGUUUGUGUAAUACUAUAUGUUCUUAA